CUCCUCCUCCUCCACCCCCCCCUUCCUCCUCCGCCCGCCCGCGGGGCCCCCCUCGCCUUCCCGCCCGCCCCUAUUGUUCCGCCCCCGGCCUCCCGCCCUUCCCCUUCCCGCCCGCUCCCCUUUUCCCCUCAGUCGCCUCGCGCCUGCAGUUUUUGGCUUUCACCCCCACCAGUGACCAAAGACUUGACCACUCAAAGUCCAGCUCCUUGAACACUGCUCGACAUGGACACCGGAGUGAUUGAAGGUGGAUUAAAUGUCACUCUCACCAUCCGGCUACUUAUGCAUGGAAAGGAAGUUGGCAGUAUCAUCGGAAAGAAAGGAGAAUCAGUUAAGAAGAUGCGCGAGGAGAGUGGUGCACGUAUAAACAUCUCAGAAGGGAAUUGUCCUGAAAGGAUUAUCACUUUGGCUGGACCCACUAAUGCCAUCUUCAAAGCCUUUGCUAUGAUCAUUGACAAACUGGAAGAGGACAUCAGCAGCUCUAUGACCAAUAGCACAGCUGCCAGUAGACCCCCAGUCACCUUGAGGCUGGUGGUCCCUGCUAGUCAGUGCGGCUCUCUCAUUGGGAAAGGUGGUUGCAAGAUCAAGGAAAUACGAGAGAGUACAGGGGCUCAGGUCCAAGUGGCAGGGGAUAUGCUCCCCAACUCAACUGAGCGGGCCAUCACUAUUGCUGGCAUUCCGCAAUCCAUCAUUGAGUGUGUGAAACAGAUCUGCGUGGUUAUGUUGGAGACUCUCUCCCAGUCCCCCCCGAAGGGCGUGACCAUCCCGUACCGGCCCAAGCCGUCCAGUUCUCCGGUCAUCUUUGCAGGUGGUCAGGACAGGUACAGCACAGGCAGCGACAGUGCGAGCUUUCCCCACACCACCCCGUCCAUGUGCCUCAACCCUGACCUGGAGGGACCACCUCUAGAGGCCUAUACCAUUCAAGGACAGUAUGCCAUUCCACAGCCAGAUUUGACCAAGCUGCACCAGUUGGCAAUGCAACAGUCUCAUUUUCCCAUGACGCAUGGCAACACCGGAUUCAGUGGCAUUGAAUCCAGCUCUCCAGAGGUGAAAGGCUAUUGGGCAGGUUUGGAUGCAUCUGCUCAGACUACUUCUCAUGAACUCACCAUUCCAAACGAUUUGAUUGGCUGCAUAAUCGGGCGUCAAGGCGCCAAAAUCAAUGAGAUCCGUCAGAUGUCUGGGGCGCAGAUCAAAAUUGCGAACCCAGUGGAAGGAUCUACUGAUAGGCAGGUUACCAUCACUGGAUCUGCUGCCAGCAUUAGCCUGGCUCAAUAUCUAAUCAAUGUCAGUUUAGAAAACGCUAAACCCUCCUCCCAGGCAGCCUCCGUCACGAUCCCCGAUCACCUCAGCAUCAACCUCUCUCAACCCUCCACCCCUUCUUCUUCUUCUUCCUCCUCCACCACCACCCCCUCGCUCGCCACAGCGGGGACCUCCGACGCACCCUCCAGCCUCCCCAACCCUCUUCCGACCGCCCCUUGUGUCUCCAGUCUGCUUGGCAUGAAACCCAUCCCUCUCCUGGCUCUAAAUGUUGUGUCUGCUGCUAAGGGUACCGGGGCUUCAGCUACCACCACCACCACCUCUGCUGUGCCAUGUGUAACUAACAAACUGAAAGGCGAGAAACAGAGAUUCUCUCCCUACUGAUGGCAUUUGUCUUGGGGCACCCCCUCAAGUAUUUCAUGGUUUUUUUUCCCCCUUUGUUAAUAUUGGUGAGAACCAAAUAAUUGUGAGCUUGUGACCGUUUCCUUUUUACUGUUUUGGGGGGAUGACAGGGUGGGGGUCGGGGCUAUGGUAAACUGUGUUUAGGUUUAGGCCAUUUCUGCUGAGUGCCUGUUUCAGAGUCUGACUUGUUGAAUUCUUUAUCUAGAGCCACAGUUCUUGCUCUUCUUUCUCAUUCUGUUACUUUUUGUAGCUUUAUUCUGCCUUGCAAUAUAACAAUGUGUUAGGCUCUGUGUUAAUGAAUAAAAAUUUCUCCGUUAA